CUAUAUAGCUGUCUUUUUUCGUGCGAUCAUCUUUGUUCGAUUGCUUUAUUUUAUAAUCGGAAAAGACUAGAAUUACUACGUUUGAAUAAUGUUAAAAUGUUUGUUAAAAUUAUCGGAAGUGAAACAAUCUCGCUUGGAAUCUUAAAUUGUUAGUGUGAAAAUAUAAGCGUAAAACAAGGACAAACAAAAAGACAGCUGGUACUCCAAAAUGGCCACUUUAAAUAAGACACCGAAAUAUAACUUUGCAAAAAUUUGUCGUGCAUGUUUACAAAUAAAGAAGGACAUGCGGCCUUUAUUCGAACAGCUUACUGCAACAAUGUUGAUGGACAUUUCCAAAGUGCAGGUGGCAGUCGGUGAUGGCCUCCCUCUGCAAUUGUGCUUGCAAUGUGUGCAUCAAAUCUCCAGAUGCCAUGCCUUCAAGGAGAUGGUUGAGAAAAAUGAUGGUAUAUUGCACGAGCAAGCGAAAUUAAUUGCAGAAGAAACACUUAAAAUUAAUAACCAGAUGGAAAUGGAUAAAGCACUGAGUUUGAAUUGUGGUGACUCAUCACAGUUUAUAAAGUUCAUUGAAGUCCCUCCACUAGGCAACAAUCCAAACCAAAUUCUUGAUGGAUUCUUUACUGACACACCAGAGCAGCCCGUCACACAGGAGGUACUUCCGAAAGAUGAGUUCGAUGUUGACAAGCUACCACAGCAACCACCUAAGAAGGAAAAAGAGGAUGAUGCAUUGAACUCGGACGAGGAGAACUAUUUGCAAAUGGUUGUGUUCCAAGGGAACUCGGCAGUUGGCCCUGGGCAACAUGUCUGUAAUCUAUGCCAUAAGAAGUUCAAACAUGCAAGAUGGUUGAAACUCCACAUGCAUUCACACACCAACUGGAUUAAAGCCAACUGCAAGAAACCACCUAUGUGCCCUAUUUGUGAAAGAACUUUUAAGGGUCCUGGUAUGCUGAAAAUGCACAUGCGCACCCACGAGCAGCGCCCACCGAAGCCGCCAACGUGUUCCGUCUGCCAGAGAGUUUUCCCGUCCAAGACGCUGCUGUACAGGCACAGACAGACUCACUUCGAGCAGAAGACCCAUCAGUGUACAGUCUGCGAGAAACGAUUCUACAGCGGCUACGCUCUGCGCUCGCAUAUGGCGCGGCACAGAGGAGAAAGACCCUAUGUCUGCGCUAUUUGCUCUAAGAGUUUCUACAACCCAACUGAUUUGAAGGUCCACUUCAGGCUGCACACUGGCGAGAAACCGCUCAAGUGUUCGGAGUGCAACAAGUCGUUCCGCCGCCACUCGACGCUCUGCCAGCACAUGAAGAAGCACCGCGGCAUACGGAACCACAUCUGCCACGUGUGCAACAAGGCCUUCUACGAGGUGUCCAAGCUGAACGCGCAUAUGAGGGUGCACACAGGUGAGCGUCCAUUCUCGUGUCAGUUCUGCGAUCGCAAGUUCGCGCAGCAGUCGGCGCUGAUCUACCACCGGCGCACGCACACCGGCGAGAAGCCCUACGCCUGCAAGCUGUGCGCCGCCCGCUUCACCACCUCCUCCGCACGCAACAACCACAUGCACACGCAUACUGGACACAAGAAGUUCGUGUGUCCAGUGUGCUUCAAGGGCUGCUCGUCGCGGACGGAGCUGCGCGUGCACUCGACCAAGCACACGGGCGAGAAACUGUUCGCGUGCGAGGUGUGCGGCCAGCGGUUCGGGUCGCCCUCCUACCUCGCCGUGCACCGCCGCUCCCACACCGGCGAGAAGAAGUAUCAGUGCACUGUCUGCGGGAAAGGUUUCAUUGAGUCGAACUCAUACAAGAGGCACAUAAAGACACACGAGGUAAAGGACGACCCGGACCCAGAGGCCCCCGCUGUGCAGCAAGCGAUCAAGGAGGACGAGGAGAAACCUGCUAUUGAAACCAAGGAGGAAAGCCAACUGGAGAAUCAAAUAGUCGUCCAGCCACAGGGAGAGAACGGCACUCAGAAGAAAUACAAGUGCGGACUGUGUGUGAAGAGCUACAUGUACUUACACAGCCUCAAGAAACACAUGCUCAGUCACGUGCAGAUGUGUGUUGUCGCGCCAGACGGCACCGAGAGACUGUACUUUAGGCAACAACAGCAACAAGAUUUACAGCAGCAACAACAACAACAACAGCAGCAACAACAGCAGCAGCAACAGCAGCAGCAACAGCAGCAGCAACAGCAGCAUCAACAACAACAGCAACAGCACGUGCAGCUGCAGCAGCAGCAGGUGCAUCAGCUGCAGCAGCAGGUGCUGCAGGUGGGCGGCGUGCAGCAGCUCGCGGUACCGAUACAGCACAUGCAGCCCGCUAUUACUGUCUCCGGCAUACAGGGUAACCAACAGUAUCCCGUCAUCUCUUCAGUGCAGUCGGUGCAGCUGCAACAGACCCAUCACGUCAAUACGCAGCCGCAACAUCUCCAGCUGCAGACCAUACAGAUACAUCCUCAACAUCAGCCCAUACAGAUACAUACGGUGGGCGUGCAGCAGGUGCAGCAGGAGCAGCUGCACGUCGCAACCUCCAACUGUCAGUCAAUGCUGCCCAACAUAUUGCAGCUCGGCGGCGGCGCAGUGGCGGUGUCCGGUCUGACUCAGGAGCUGGGCGGCGGAGUGGGGGGCGGCGUGCAUCGCAUCAUCCUGCAGCAGCCCGCUACGCCCUCACACCCCGCGCUAUACACUAUACACCACUAGUAAACAAAGCGCCCAGAUAAUAUUAUGUUUAUUGAUGCCCAUGUCACCUGAGGAUCUUUCCGUCCAUGUAGAUGGAUUUAAACGCCUUUAAAUGCCUAAAAUACCCGAGCGUUUCUGUAUCUAUAAUUGCAAUAAAUAAAAUAUUGUUAACAUAAUACGAAGGUCGGGGAGCGAGCGCUGUACAAAUCGUUACCUAACGCUGAAGCAGCCCACGAUACGCACAAUAUCAUAGACUAUGUUGUAUUUAUUAACAUAAUUUAGGUUGGGUUCUCAUUAACAAUCAUUUAGUACCGACACAACUAAUUAGAAAACUAGUUAUCGCCAUUGCUGCAACCACGUUGUAGCAUUCUAAUAUUGUAUAAAAAUAAUGUAAGUACUAGUCACAGAA